AUGGGAGUAGAACGGGUGUCUUGUCUGUUGCUGCUUUCUAUUCUUUGUGUUCAUGGCCACUUGCAAAGGAUCUGGAGUCAGAACGGGCCGCUCUACGAGUCCACAAAACUACUUUUAGCAGGCCAAAGCACCAGUGCUGCCAGGAUAUGGAACAGAACCCAGCUGGCGAUCUAUGAGCGAUCCGAGCGACUGCAGGUGGCCAAGGAUAACCUCGAUGAGCAGCAGCGGAGGGUGAGUGCCCGCCUGGAGGAAUUCUUCGAGGGUCAGUACAGUGCCGAGUGGCAGGUCUGCGCCAAGAAGUACGAGCUCCAGGUGGCCCACUUCAAUCGGGAGCUGUUGGACAAGUACAGCGUCUGCCGGAACUCGCUGGACCACGUCAUGGAUCACUUUCAGCAGGAAAUCGUCCUCGAGGCGGAGUUCCUAAGCAAGGCUUCCUCUCAAAUUGCUAACCUUGCGAAAAAGUGCAAGACUUGGCAACUGAAGCAGUCCGGAUUCAAUCACGCCGGAGUUCUGUUCUGCACCGUGGCCGGAAUAGGAGGCAUCAAUCAGCGGAUGUCCGGCUGCCUGGAGCUCUGCGAUGACAUCCUGUUGGAGAUGGCCAUGGAGGACUUGGACACCCCGAGCUGCCUCUUCUACCACCACCUGAAGAUGCAGUUCGAUGAGGUCCUCGAUCAGAUUGAUUCCUGUGCUGGAAACUAA